UUGUUUCACAUUUUAUGAUUCGUGAAAAAGCAAAAUCUUAUUCUAAUAAAUUACAAUAUAUAUCGGCCUAUUCAAAUAUAUCUGAGUGCAAAUGGGGUGAAAGAUGGUUAAACGGAUUUAUGCGACGUUAUAAACUAAGUAAUCGUCGCCAUACAACAGUUGCUCAAAGUAAUAUGACAGUAGAAGAAACAGGUUCCAGAACAGUUAGUAUACGUACUACAGGACAUGAAAAAUCAAAUUUUACUGUGGUACUUUCCUGUAUGGUAGAUGGUACGAAAUUACCACCACUGAUAAUUUUUAAAUUAGUAAAUGUACCAAGACAAACUUUUCCCUCUAGAGUUGUAGUUCGUGCAAAUCGUGAAGGAUAUAUGAAUACUAAAAAAUGUUAUGAUUCAGUCAAACAAAGAUUUGAUGAGAAAAAUACUAACUUGGCUGUUAUUCCAGGUGGUCUUACAAGUAAAUUGCAACCAUUUGAUGUUUCAAUUAAUAAAUCUUUUAAAUCUAAGAAGCUUACACCAACAGGUCAGAUACAACGUCCUGCAUAUAAUUUAGUGACUGAAUGGGUAUUAAUUUCGUGGAAUCAAAUUGAUACAUCACUUAUACAACGUGCAUUUAAAUGUUGUGGUAUUUCAAAUGCCCGAGAUGGAAGUGAGGAUAAAUAUAUUUUUGAUUAUAAUUGGUUAAAUGGAAACAAAAAUAAUGGUGGAAAUUUUAUAUAUACAGAAGAUGAAAAUGAAAAUAAUGAAGGUAAUUCUGAAAAUGAAGAAGUAAGUGAUAUCGAAAAUAAUGAAGCAAGUGAAAAUAAUGAAGAAAUAAUUAAUGAAGAUAUUGAAAGUGAAAAUAAUGAAGAAAUAAUUAAUGAUGAUAUUGAAGCAGACAAAGAAAUUAAUGAUGAAACUAUUGAUUUAACUCACGGCCUUGAUGAUAAUAAUUAUUAUGAUGACAAAAUUGAUUACAUAAAUUUAUGGAAAUAA